CAGAUUAUCUUCGUCCUUCUUUGGCAUAUUUUCUACGUUUUCGAAAAGCCAGUGGGCAUGUUCUUUCUCAUCAGAACACAGUCCUGAGGGGUUCUUAGCCUGACAUUCUUUUUUCUCGUCCUUCGAAAUCGUCUCCCUUUUUCGCUUUUUCCUCAAGUUUCGUGGUCGUUGCUCUUGGCCCAGUACAGUAAUCAUGUCGCAGACGAAUUGGGAGGCCGAUAAAAUGUUGGAUGUCUACAUCUAUGACUACCUUGUAAAGAGGAAGUUACAUGCUUCUGCAAAGGCUUUUCAGGCGGAGGGCAAAGUAUCAACCGAUCCUGUCGCUAUUGAUGCUCCUGGUGGGUUUUUGUUCGAGUGGUGGUCUGUGUUUUGGGACAUAUUCAUUGCCCGGACAAAUGAAAAGCACUCAGAAGCUGCCUCUGCUUAUCUCGAGAGUCAAAUGCUCAAGGCACGGGAGUUGCAGCAGCAACAACAACAGAGACAGCCCCAACAGAAUCAGCAAAUGCCGAUGUCACAAGUUAUGUUACAAAGACAGCAACAACAGCAACAGCAGCAACAAAGACGCGAUGGUAAUGGCCCACUUCUGCACGGAGCUUCCGGAACUUUUAUGGGAAGUGAAAGUCAUAUUAGGCAGAGCCCUUCAACUUCAGGUGCCUUGGCUGCUAAGAUAUACGAAGAUCGGCUAAAGCUUCCUCUUCAGAGGGAUUCCUUAGUUGAUGAUGCUGCUUUGAAGCAAAGGUUCGGUGACAAUUCGGGCCAGAUUAUGGACCCGAAUCAGGCAUCGAUACUAAAAGCAGCCGCAAUGGGUGGGCAGACCGGCGGGGGUUUAUUGCAUGGUGCCCCUGGUGCCAUUUCUGGAAAUCUUCAACAAGCUCAAAUUCGGAAUCAACAGCUGCCUUUAUCUGCACAGGAUGGGAGAAAUGAUGUGGGCUCAAUGAUGAAUUCCAGAGGUGCAGCACCUGAUGGAUCAUUUGUCGGCGUCCAUGGAACCAAUCCAGGUGGUGGCAACUUGACAUUGAAAGGAUGGCCUUUGGCUGGCCUCGAUCAAAUCAGAUCAGGGAUUCUUCAGCAACAAAAAUCUCUGGUUUCACCUUCUCAAGCUUUUAGCCAGCUCCCGUUGCAACAACAGCUGUUACUUCAGGCCCGAAACUUGACAUCGCCAUCUGCAAGUGAUUUAGAAGUUAGGAAACUGAAAAUGCUACUCAGCAAUCAGAACAUGAACCUCGGAAAGGAUGGCUCACUAAAUUCUGUCGGCGAUGUCCCAAACAUAGGAUCGGCAAUUCAACCGGGCUGCCCUCCUCUGCCUCGUGGAGAUCCCGAAAUGCUAAUUAAGCUACAACAGCAACAGCUUCUCAACAACAGCCAACAGCCCCCAAGUUACCAACAAGACCAGCUUUCGAGUCAGCAGUCUCAGAAUUCGGGUCACAUUCUUCAGCAACCGGAUAAAGCUAUCGGCUCAGGAAACGUGAAUAUGGACGGUAGCAUGUCCAACACUUUCCAGGGCAACGAACAGGCGUCGAAGAAUCAGAUGGCAAGGAAAAGGAAACAACCGGCAUCUUCAUCCGGCCCUGCAAACAGCUCGGGAACUGCUAAUACAACGGGGCCGUCGCCGAGCUCACCGUCAUCCCCUUCGACCAAUCAGACACCGGGAGAUGUUAUGUCUAGAUCCAGCUUACCACCUACUGGUAUUACAUCAAAAUCUAUGCUUAUGUAUGGUUCUUCUGAUGGUGUUGGUCCACUUCCCCCUUCAUCAAAUCAACUAGCCAAUAUGGACCGCUUUGUAGAUGACGGAACUUUAGAUGACAAUGUGGAUUCAUACAUAACUAACGAUGAUGUUGAACCUAGAGAUGGUGGCAGCAAUACCGGUGUCGGAAAAGGUUUUACAUUUACGGAGAUCCAACACGUUUCUGCGAGCAUGAGUAAAAUUGAAUGCUGCCAUUUCUCGUCCGACGGAAAGCUUCUUGCUACUGGUGGGCACGACAAAAAGGCUGUAUUAUGGUCUACAGACUCAUUUGCAAUGAAGUCUAUUCUUGAGGAGCAUGUUCAGUGGAUUACCGAUGUCCGUUUUAGUCCUAACGUCUCUCGGCUCGCCACUUCCUCGGCCGAUAAAACUGUCCGUGUCUGGGAUGCUGAUAAUCCGGGGUAUUCUCUCCGUACGUUCACGGGACAUUCAACAACAGUCACGUCGUUGGAUUUCCACCCGAGUAAGGAGGAUCUUCUUUGUUCGUGCGACAAUAACAGCGAGAUACGGUACUGGAGUAUAAAGAAUGGCAGCUGUGCCGGCGUUUUCAAGGGAGGUGCAACACAGAUGAGGUUUCAGCCUGGAGCCGGGAGGAUUCUUGCAGCUGCAGCUGACAAUUAUGUAUCCAUACUCGAUGUCGAGACUCAAGUUUGCAGGCGCAAAUUACAGGGUCACAAGGGAGUGGUGCACUCGGUCUGUUGGGAUCCGUCGGGGGAAUAUCUGGCUUCGGUGAGCAGCGAUAUGGUGAGAGUGUGGUCCAUCGGGUCGAGCAACAAAGGCGAAUGCAUUCACGAGCUGAGCUCGAGCGGAAACAAAUACAACACCUGCGUUUUCCAUCCCACCUAUACUCCCCUUCUCAUUAUCGGCUGCUACGAGACGCUGGAGCUGUGGAACAUGGCGGAGAACAAGACGAUGACUCUGCACGCCCACGACAAUCUUGUCUCUGCGUUGGCCGCUUCAAACGUCUCCGGAAUGAUCGCUUCGGCCAGCCAUGACAAGUUUUUCAAGAUCUGGAAGUGAUUCUUCUUCUUUUGGGAAUUGGAGUUGAUACUAUGUCUCACCUUUUCCCCCUUUUUUCCCCUAUAAAUUUUGUGUCUAUCACUGACUUUUAUUUUGUUGGGUUGUUUGUAUAUCAAAGGAGGAAUGUUUAUACAAAAACAAAAAAAAUAAUUUAGAAUU